UUGAGACAACUACAGCUCUUGUCGUUCACUGAAUGAGUUGGCAAAAGGAGCCGACUCGGUUGCGAGCGGCACAUCUAUAGCGGGAAGCUAUGAUCUUCGUGUGUGGUCCAGACGAAUCUAGCGAUGCAAAACAGUUCAUUCAUAAACAGAUAUCUCCGUCAACAUGUACCCACCCAUACACAUGGUUUUAUAAACAGCACUGUGCUGCUCCUGAAAACAGAUUAAAAUAUACAUUUUUUUUCUAAUGCGCAUAGUAUAACAAAUCAUAAGACAAAAAGUUUUAACCAAGCCUAAUGGGGAUAUAACAGCGCUGCUUCAAUGGCAAAAUGAAAACGGAGCGUUUAUCCUCGACGACCACCCACACAGACAGAGGGUGGCAGCUCGGAGAGGGAGCUGGAGCUCAGGGUGGGAGAUGGUGGAGGAGGAGGACGCCAUUGCAGCCACAGCUGGCCGUUCGAGAUCAACCUGAACAAGAACGAAACCCUACCAAACCUUUCCCAUAUUCACUGGCUUUGCUUUUUUUUUUUUUUUUUUCUCUGGUUCGUCCCGUUCUUUCCUCUAGUGUUGAGGAAAAUACAAAAAAGAAAACAAGAUGGAUGCUUCGUCUUCGCUGAGAGGCGAAACGUGGAGCCCCAGCGCCGAAAAAAAGCAGAGCUUCACAGUUGAAUCGCCCGUCCGGUGGUCCGGUCUCUCACCAUGAACACCAGUAGGAACUGCACCUCAGCGGGGUAUAGUGAUGGUCUGGCAGCCCUGGAGUCUGUGUCCAUCGUGACCAUCACGCUCCUCUCCUGCCUGGGGAACCUGCUGAUCGUGGCCACCCUCUAUCGCAGACCGUACCUGCUCACGCCGAGCAAUAAGUUCGUGUUCAGCCUGACCCUUUCCAACCUGCUGCUGUCCGUGCUGGUGCUGCCGUUUGUGGCCGUGAGUUCAGCAAAAAGGGAGUGGGUCUUCGGGGUGGUGUGGUGCAACCUCACCGCGCUGCUCUACCUGCUCAUCAGCUCAGCCAGCAUGUUGACCCUUGGAGCUAUUGCCAUUGACAGGUACUACGCCGUGCUGUACCCGAUGAUCUACCCCAUGAAGAUCACGGGCAACAGGGCGGUGGUGGUCAUCGCCUACGUGUGGCUACACUCUGUGGUGGGUUGUCUGCCCCCUUUGUUUGGUUGGUCCUCCUUUGAGUUUGACUGUUUAAAGCGGACAUGUGUCGCAUCCUGGUCAAGAGAGCCAAGUUACACUGCCUUCUGGGUCACCUGGUGCAUCCUCCCCCCCUUCUUCAUUAUGUUGGCCUGCUAUGGAGUCAUUUUCCGUGUGGCUCGCAUGAAAGCCAGAAAAAUACACUGUGGGACUGUUGUUGUAUCCCAAGACGACUCUGUGGGAGCUCAGAGAAACGGACGCAAGAACUCAAGCACUUCAACUUCCUCUAACGGGAGCAGACGGAGCCUUGUGUAUGCAGGGAGUCAAUGCAAGGCCUUCGUCACCAUCUUGGUGGUGAUCGGCACCUUCCUGAUCACUUGGGGGCCUUACGUUGGGGUGGUGUGUACCGAGGCACUGUGGGGGCAGGGCAGCGUCUCUCAGGGGCUGGAGACGCUGGUGUCGUGGCUCUCUUUCUGCAGUGCUGUGUGCCACCCACUCAUCUACGGUUUGUGGAAUAAAACCGUGAGGAAGGAGCUGCUGGGGAUGUGCUUCGGGGAUCGUUACUACAGAGAGUCCUUCGCCACAAGGCAGCGGACGUCCCGUCUCUUCAGCAUCUCCAACAGAAUUACAGACUUGGGUAUGUCCCCGCACCUGACUGCUAUGCUGGCUGGAGGGGGACACCUGUUGGCCCAGGGCAGUAGCACAGGAGACACUGGCUUCAGCUUCACUCAGGACUCAGGCACGGAUGUGAUGCUGCUAGAUAACUCCUGCUCAGAUGGCUCCUCCUUCCCGACGCUCCAUGGGAAUCCAUCUGGGAAGAGGCGGAGCUCGGUCACCUUUGAAGACCAGGUGGAGCAUUCCAAAGCGGAAAACACGUCUCCAGUGCACGUCCACGCAGAGGUCCAUAAAUCUCUCGACUCGUUCGCCUCCUGCUUGGCGAAGGCCAUCGAGAGCGAUGCCAAGCUCGCACUGUUCGAGCAGAGUCUAGCUCCGCAAGGGGGGCUCUUUGUGACAAGGGGUACGCAGAAGCCCAGAUACCUGGACGGUCAGAGACUGAGGCUGGAGAGUAUCGAUGAAGGCAUCGUAAAGGACAACCGAGAAGAUCAAGAGGAUGUGGAGGAGAAACUCAUCUGAUCGCUACAGGUUUGGUGUUCAACUCUGUGGUACGGCUGAUGAAGUCUGGAUUCUCCGUGUAGCUGAAGAGGCACAUUUUUAUUCCACCAUGAUGGAUCUAAGGAAAAUAUGUGUCUUCGCAAACCUUCGUAUCAGUUUUGUACUCUAAUAGGAAUUUUUUACUACUGUAGCCUUCCAUGGUAAUAGGUUUUGCUACACAUUUUGUGUUAUUUUUAAUAUGUUAAUGUGCUGUGUUCAGUCUGAGUUAAAAAGAAUAAAUUAUAGGAGUUCCUUUAUAAUAUCUGCCUGCUUGAAAAUGUUUAGAUCAUAAAAACAGUUAAUUUCCUCCUCAGAUAAGCUCUGCUAGCAACAAACUUCACUCUCAAACCGUUUCUCUCAUGCAGAUGUUUCCAGUUAGUCUAAUUAGAUGUUUUCUGUGGUAGUACAGCUUCCUGACAGUUCACAACCAUUGAUGAGACACUCAUCUAGUUUUUUUUUUUUUUUUUUUUUGUGCUUGAGGACUUAAAAUUCAUAACUGCUAAUUUAAUCUGAUCAGUACUGACUGGAAAGAUUUAGAUUUUUCUGACACCUCUAGUCUUGGGAAUAUAGAUUUAUUUAAUUUUUUUUCAGGUAUCAAUAAGACAAGAAAAUAACGUAUGGAUUGAAAAAACUUUGCUUCCAGAUUUUACCAACAGAAGAAAAGCUGAAUCUUUAUUCUGAAAAGCUCAAACAAGCCGAGAUGAUUUCAUAUCAAGUAGAAAAGACAGACUUCUACUUUAAUUUAACAAAUGGUGACCGUUUACCAUGUAUUGCACAUACUGUGUGGGACUUUUCAGUCAGACUUAAAGCAUAUGCAUGAACUCACCAAUCAGGUAUAACAUUAUGACCACCAGCUUAUAGUGUGUUGGUUCCCUAAUUUGCUGCCAAAACUGCCCUGACCCGUCGAGGCAUGGAUUCCACCAGACCCUUUAAGUCCUCUAAGGUGGGACUUCCAUGGAUUUGGACUUAUUUGUCCAGCUCAUCCUACAGAUGCUUGAUUGCAUUAAGAUGUGAGGAAGUGGAGGCCAGGUAAACAGCUGAAACAAGUUUCUCAAACCAUUCCUGAACCAUUUUAGCUUUGUGGCAGGGCGCAUUAUUCAUCUAAAAACAGAUGCCACAGUCGUCAGGGAAUACUGCUUCCCCCCUGAGCGAUCUACACAGCUCCUUAUGUGACAAACUGCAAAGCGAGGUGUGUUCUGACACCUUUCUGUCAGAAGCAGCAUAAACAUCUUCAGUAAUCUGAGAGCUACAUCAGCUCAUCUGUUAGACUGAGCCGGACAGGCCAACGAUCGCGCUCCAUGUGCAUCAGGGAACUCUGGUUCACCACGGUUUCUUCCUCGGACCUCUGCUGACCGGGAACACCCCACCAGAGCUGCAGUGUUGGGGAUGCCAUGACCCAAUUUUCUAGCUAUCAUGAUUCAGUUCUCAUCUAUCAAAUGCUUUCUCUUUCCUGUUUUUCUGCUUUCAACUCAUCAGCUUUGGGAAAAGGUCCACUUGCUGGCUAACAUAUCCUAUCGUCUAACAGGACCCACGGUUAGGAGAUAAUCACUGUGUUCCACCACACUUGAUCAUAAUGCUAUGCCUGAUCUGUGUUCAAUGUUUUAAGUUUUAAUCAGAAUUUAAACAUAGCCUUAGAAAAUGGACCUCAUGUUUAAUUUAUAAAAAAACUUUAACUGGUCAACCAAGAGUGCAGAUUUAUUGUUGAUGCUGAAAAAUCACCUCAGGAAAACUCUGAAAGUUUAAAAUUGGAAACGUAGGAAUCCUCAUUAUUUCAGUGACGGCCUUUGAACAUAUUUAAUAUUUCUGACUUGGGACAUUAAUUACAGCAAAUGUCACAUGUCAGCUGGCUUUAAGCCACGUUAAGGCCAUAAGAGUUUCAUGGAUGCCAUGUUGGACUUUAUUUAUAGACAGAUAGUUUAAAAUCGAAUCAGUUUAAAAAAAUAACCAGUUUGAUGUUGAAUUCCUUUUGUUUAGGUCAGUUUCACACUCGCCACCCUAACCGUGGACACCUGAAUGACAUCUUUUCCAUCUCAUCUCAAUCUGUGGUUCAGCGUCUAUAGUAUGAACUGAGGUACUUGUCGGGUUCACCCGUCCUCAUAGUUUCCUUUUGUGACUACGGAAGUGCAGUUAUUACAGGCCACGAUACAUCAGAAAAGGAAACUCGGCAGCCGUGCAGAGAUGGAGGCACUAAAAUGGUCUCCAGAGUCGGUUCAACACACUUAUAGAAAUGUUUUCAGAGGUACAUGAAUGAAGCCUCUUCCCGUGUGCUCUCUUCAGUUGUAGUAAAGGAGCUCAGCUUAUUUGUAAACUGCAGAGUCCAAUUAUGCUUCAGUCUUAUCUCCUAAUGUUUCCCAGGUUUAUAUUUUGACAGGUACUUCUUUUUUUAGGGAAAAAACCUACAUAUGAGAAGUGAUGUAAUUUUGUACAUUUUCCUCCUAUUGUAACUAUGAAGAUAGAUAUUUGUAUUAAAAUGUUAUACCAUUAAA